AUGAUACAACUAAAGACGAUGCUUAACUGUAUCGACAACUCAGGAGCCGCCAUCGUCGAGUGUGUUGCGGUAAUGCGGAAGAAGAGACAAGCGGCAAGAAUUGGCGACAGAAUAAUAGUGGUCGUACAAAAACAACGGUCCUUCGGUGAAGGCAGCUCUGGCGGCCUCAGCAUCUCGAACAAAGUUCGACGAGGCGACAUCCGACACGCCGUAGUAGUGCGCGCGCGGAAAGAGGAACAGAGGAAUGAUGGCAGCUUGAUCAGAUUCGACGACAAUGCCUGCGUAUUGAUCAACAAGAAUGGCGACCCUAUCGGAUCCAGAUUAACAAGUGUUGUCGGAGCCGAAUUACGAAAAAAGCAAUGGUCAAAGAUUCUUUCCCUUGCUCCGAUGCAUGUAUAA